AUGUCACUUAGCCUUCCAAUCGUGAAGGUCCUAACAACAGCAGUUCUGGCGAUAGCAGCCUUGUCUUCCGCCAGCGUGGUGAAGACACCGGGAGACAACUUCGAACUCCUCAUCCUCCACAACAAUGACAUGCACGCGCGAUUUGAACAGACCUCACAGCAAGGAGGAACCUGCACAACUGCUGAUCGGGAGGCGGGAAAGUGCUAUGGAGGUUUUCCUAGAGUUGCUCAUGUUGUAAAGGAAGCGAGAAAAGCGGCUCAAUCUGGCGAAGGCCCACCAGUCUUAUACCUGAACGCUGGAGACACGUACACCGGUACAGCAUGGUUCACCAUCUACAAAUGGAAGAUUGCUGCCGAAUUCGUGAACGCACUGCAACCUGAUGCUGUUUCUCUCGGCAACAACGAAGUCGACAAGGAAACAUUGGAAGUCUCGCCAUUUUUAGAAAACUUAAAAACAAACAUCUUGGCUUGUAACGUUGUGUUAAAAUCUGCCGAAGGAAAAGUUAAAAUUGAGAAAUCCGUUGUAUUUGAUAUUAAAGGUGUUAAGGUUGGAGUUGUUGGAUAUUUAACACCAAAUAAUAAUAUUUUGGACAGUCUUGGCCAAAUUGAAUACAUCGACGAAGUUAUAGCAGUGGCGAGCGAAGUAAAAAAUCUUCAAGCGUCAGGAGUUAAAAUAAUCAUCGCCUUAGGUCAUUCAACUCUAGCUAAGGAACAAGAAAUAGCUAGGGAAGUUACUGGUAUCGAUCUGGUAAUUGCUGGUAACAAAAACACAUUCUAUUGGAACGGUCAAACUCUGACCGACGACCACGAACCUAUAGUAGUAACACAGGCAUCAGGAAAAAAAGUGCCGAUUAUUCCAUCAACAGCAUACAAUACACACCUCGGUAGCAUUAAAGUCACUUUUGAUAAUAACGGUGAAAUUUCAGAAUACAAUGCAAAACCUAUCUUACUGGACGAUUCAAUUCCGCAAGAUACAAAAGAUGUACAAUUGCUCGAAACACUAUCUCUUGAUCUUCCUAAAAAUACAGAAGUACUUGGAAAAACAGCUGUCGCACUUGAUGGGCAAUCUUGCUCCACAGAAGAAUGUAACCUUGGAAACUUAAUCGCUGACGCCAUUGUACACUAUUAUGCUGUGAACUACGAAGGUGAAAGAUGGACUGAUGCUCCAAUAGCCAUCAUCCCCAGUGGUGUUAUCGCAAGGCAAACAAUCGCACCACCCAAUAGACCUGCUGAUGUAACUAGAGGUGAUUUACUUACUGUUUUGCCCUUGGAAAGUAGCCUCGUAGCUGUAACUAUGAACGGACAAAUCUUGAAGCAGGUUCUAGAACAUUCUGUAUCCGAAACUGACCCAGGUAGCUAUUUACAAUUUUCUGGAAUACGCGCAGUGUUUGCAAUGGGAAAUUCACCAGGAACCAGAUUAAAAAGCGCUGUUGUCCGUUGCUGGGAAUGCAAUGUUCCGCUAUUUUAUGAAAUUGAAGAUAAUAGAAACUACAAAAUAUUGAUGCCAGCUUCUAUGGCUAACGGAGAAUUUGGAUAUUCAAUGCUGACCGCAUUACCGAAAACUGAGCUUGAUUAUGAUGAAAUAACUUGUACAGCAGAAUUCAUAAAAACGAGAAGCCCUGUUUAUCCAGAAGUGGCUGGCCGAACUCAAACAGGCUCUGCGAUAGCCUGUCUUGGAAAUCACGAAUUUGAUAAUGGCGUAGCCGGACUAUCUCCGUUUAUAACGAAUAUUUCAUGCCCAGUUCUAGCCGCCAAUCUCAACCUCACGAAUGUGCCCGAGUUACAAAAUCAAAGCAAUUUAAUGAAUUCAGUUGUAUUCGACAUAAAUAACACUAAAAUUGGUAUUGUUGGGUAUCUAACACCAGAUACUAAGUUCCUGGCUAUAAGAAAUAAUGUUGAGUAUAUAGACGAGAUCGUAGCGGUACGAAAUGAAGUGGCUUUGCUAAAAUCCAAAGGAGUAAAUAUAAUAAUAGCUCUCGGUCACUCAGGUUUUGUAAAGGACGUGGAAAUAGCAAGAGAAGUAGAAGAGAUUGAUCUAGUUAUAGGCGGUCAUACUAACACGUUUUUAUGGAAUGGAAAUGUAACUGAUUCAGAAAAUCCCGAGGGCCCCUAUCCCACUUUAGUGGAACAAAAAUCUGGCAGGUUGGUGCCUGCGGUGCAAGCUUACGGAUUCACAAAAUAUCUUGGAAAACUGCACAUCAUAUUCAACGCUGACGGUGAAAUAAACAGCAUCGAUGGAAAUCCUAUACUUUUAGAUAACUCUAUUACACAAGAUCCUGCGGUUUUAGAAAUUGUUAAUUACUAUCAGGAGAGUGUCCAAAACAUAACUGAGCAAGUGAUUGGUAAUACGUCUACAUUUGUAGAUGGCCAUUCAUGUCGAAUAAAAGAAUGUAAUAUGGGAAAUUUCAUGGCGGAUGCUGUAAUUCAUAAUUAUGUUUCAAACUAUAGAGGCCAAGGUUGGACUGACGCUCCUAUCGCCGUCAUCCACAGUGGUGGUAUAAGAUCGUCAUUUGAUAAACAAGACGCAAUAACUAAUAUUACGAAGGGAGAUACUGUACGUGUUAUGCCAUUUGAUGGUAUUUUGGUUAAAAUUAGAAUAGAUGGUCUAUCUAUAUUGAAGAUGUUGGAAUAUUCUGUUCGAAAUUAUAAUGCCUCGUUCCCAUCUGGUCACUUCUUGCAAAUGUCAGGAAUGAAAGUAAAAUACGAUAUGAGUCAACCUUCUGAUAGUAGGGUUAUGAAUGUAUCUGUGCUAUGUGGCGAUUGUCUGUAUCCUGAAUACAAUACUCUGAAUAAGACAGAAGAAUACAACAUCUUGAUGCCUGCCUUUCUAGCAAACGGAGGCGAUGGUUUCAAUAUGUUUGAUAAUUUAACUAUAACAAAUUUGGACAUAGAUGAAAUUUCGUCUGCUGAAGCUUAUAUACAAAGUCAUAGUCCUCUGCAUCCAGCUGUAGAAGGACGUAUUAUACUAGAAAAUUCACUGGGGAACCACGAGUUCGAUAAUGGAAUAUCUGGUCUAACACCGUUCAUCGAAAACCUAACGUGUCCAAUACUUGCAGCUAACCUAGUCCUUACCAAAGAACCAGAAUUACAAUCUAAGAAAAACUUAAUGGAUUCCGUAGUAUUUGAUAUUAAUGGUACUAAGAUUGGAGUCAUUGGUUAUUUAACUCCUGAUACUAAAGUAUUGGCCAUUAGAAAUGACGUAGAAUACAUUGAAGAAGUAAUAGCAAUUCAAAAAGAAGCUGCCAAACUGAAACAAUUUGGAGUAAAUAUUCUCAUAGCUCUGGGACAUUCUGGUUUCACUAAAGAUUUAGAGAUAGCUGAAAAAGUAGAGGAUAUCGAUGUCGUUAUAGGUGGUCACACUAACACGUUCUUAUGGAAUGGUACUAGUCCUGACGUUGAGAAACCAGAAGGCAUGUACCCGACACUAGUAAAACAAAAAUCUGGAAGAUUAGUUCCGGCUGUGCAAGCCUACGCGUACACCAAAUAUCUCGGUAAACUUCACAUCGUAUUUGAUGCAAAUGGUGAGAUAAUCAGUUCUGAUGGGAACCCUGUGCUUUUGGACAACUCAAUUCCUCAAGAUCCCGAAGUAUUAGCAAUUGUUAAUCGUUAUCGUGAAAGUAUGUUGCAAAUAACAGAACAAAUAGUUGGGCAUACUUCAGUUAUAUUGGAUGGACAGUCGUGCCGGUUGAGAGAAUGCAACAUGGGGAAUUUAAUAACCGAUGCAAUGAUACAAAGGUACGCAUCAGAAUACAAAGGAUAUGGUUGGACUGACGCACCUAUAGCUAUCAUCCAAGGAGGUGGAAUAAGAGCUUCAGUAGCUCAUCUUAAUUUACCAGCAAAUAUAACACAAGGAGACCUCUUACGUGUGAUGCCAUUUGAUGGAAAUAUUGUAAAAAUAACAAUUAACGGCAGUGAUGUGUUGAAAAUGUUGGAACAUUCGGUAUGGAAGUAUAAUACAAAACGUGCCGUCGGUCAGUUUUUACAAAUGUCUGGAAUGAUGGUAGAAUAUGAUUUUCGCAAUGCUCCUGGGAAACGAGUUUCGAAAGUCUACAUGCGAUGUGGUGAAUGUACAAAUCCAGAAUACACCGCUCUUAAUAAGACAGGAACGUACAAAAUUCUGAUGCCAGCAUUUUUAUCGAUGGGCGGUGAUGGUUUUUCUAUAUUUGAUGGUCUGCCUUCUACUCCUCUGAGUUACGAUGAGUUAGGGUCUACAAUCCAAUACGUGGAGAACCACAGCCCUGUAUACCCAGCUGUUGAAGGCAGAAUUGUCAUUCACAACCUCGACAAAUUACGUAACUCAGGGACCACCUUAAAAUUGUCGUCUCUUGGAAACCACGAGUUCGACAAUGGAGUCAGCGGACUUACACCCUUCAUAGAAAAUCUUACGUGUCCAGUAUUAUGUGCCAAUCUUGUUCUUAAUAAAGUACCAGAACUUGCUAGGGAAGCUAACCUUAAAAAAUCUAUAGUACUCGAUGUUGCGGGUCACAAAAUAGGUAUAGUUGGCUACUUGACGCCUGAAACCAAAGUUUUAGCAGUACCCAAUGAUGUGGAAUAUUCUGACGAAAUAGAGGCUCUCAACAAAGAAGUAAAGAAACUUCAAUCUGAAGGAAUUAAAAUCAUUAUUGCUGUUGGCCAUUCUGGAUAUCAUAGAGAUUUAGAAAUAGCUAAAGGAGUCGAUGGAUUAGAUUUAAUUAUUGGUGGCCAUACCAACACAUUCUUAUGGAACGGCACAAGUCCAGAUGCGGAACAACCAGAAGGCUUCUAUCCUACUUACGUGGAGCAACCGUCUGGAAGAAAAGUUCCUGUUGUUCAAGCAUACGCUUAUACCAAGUAUUUAGGAAAACUUUAUUUACUUUUCGAUUCUGAAGGUAAUUUAGUUAGUUCAGAUGGAACACCAAUUCUUUUAGACCAAAGUAUACCCCAAGACGAAGAGGUUUUGCAAAUAAUACACAAGUACAAAGACAAUGUUGUUAAUAUUACAGAAGAAGUGGUUGGCCGUACUGCUGUAAUUUUAAGUGACGAAUGUUCAGGUGUAGAAUGUAAUAUAGGUAACUUGAUCACUGAUGCGAUGGUUUAUAAGUACGCUUCAGAAUAUACUGGGGAGCAUUGGACGGAUGCACCUAUUGCCAUAAUACAAGCCGGAGGUAUACGCGCACCAGUAGCACAUGCGAAAAUGCCAACAAAUAUUACCACAGGAGAUUUACUUACAGUAAUGCCGUUUGAUGGUAAUGCAGUAACAGUAACAGUUAACGGCAGCAUUCUUAAUGAAAUGAUAGAACACUCAGUCGCAAGUGGGGAAUUUCUGCAAUACUCUGGAAUUAAAGUCGUCUAUGAUCGAAGGAGGCCAUCAGGAUCGAGAGUAGUUGACGCUACAGUCAGAUGCUGGGCAUGUGAUAUUCCGAAAUUCACAAAAAUAGUAGACAAAGAUAUUUACAAAGUGAUAAUGCCUAGUUUCCUUGCAACAGGAGGAGAUGGAUACUCCAUGUUUCAUGGUUUACCCACAACAACUUUGGAUUACAACGAAUUAAUUAGCACUAAAUAUUAUAUUUCACGUCAUAGUCCAAUUUACCCACAGGUUGAGGGGCGUAUCACUUUCCUGAAUGAACAUGAAUCGAGUUCAUCUUGUACUGCAGAAGUAUCAUUACUUUUAAUGUUAUUUACUAUUUUAGCGUCCCUCGUAGCUUAA